AAAUAGAAACAAGACAACACGAAUGGCGACUUGUGAUCGAUGGCGCCUGCUUGUUUUUCAGUUUCUGUGUAUAUCUUGUUCGUUGAGGGUAACCCUGUCAGCGAACAAGCUACUACUUCUACUCGUGGACGGCAUGAGAUGGGAUUACGCCGACAGAGAGAACCUACCUGCCUUCAAACAGAUAGAAAUACAAGGUGCCCGCGCGACGAAAAUGCGACCCAAUUUUCCGAGCUCAUCUUAUCCCAAUUAUUAUUCCAUUAUGACAGGUUUACAUUGUGAGAACCAUGGCAUGGUAUCCAACUUCAUGUAUGAUUUAGUCAAAAAUGAAACAUUUGACAUUGGCAACAACCCAGAGUCUUAUGAUUCAUUCUGGUGGGAAGAUGCUGAACCAUUAUGGAUUGGCGUUGAGAGACAGGGCAAGAAAAGUUUUCUUUUAUCCUGGCCAACAUGUAAUGUCACCAUACAUCAGUACAAACCCUCCGUGUGUAGGGAGUGGUCACAAGAACCUUUACAAAAUGGCGCCAGCCUGAAAGAAGACCUUAAGGAGGCUGUAGCUUCACUGAGGAAUAAUUCAGCAGAUUUUGUGGGUGUGUAUUAUGGUUCAAUUGACCAUUUUGGACAUCUGUACGGCCCUGAUGGGAGGGAGUUAAACACCGCCUUACGGGAGUUAGAUGGUGCAGUAGCUGAACUUUUGAACAUCACAAGUGACAUGAGGGAAAAUUUGAAUAUUAUCAUACUGGCAGAUCACGGUAUGACUUUGGUUGGUGAGGUUGUUAACUUGACCCAGAGGAUGGACUUGAGUGACCUGGAUAGUUUUCCCAUCAAGGGCUCAUUAAACAAUGGUGCAAAUGUAGAACUAUGGCCAGCAAUCGAUGCAGCUGAGUUAGUGAACAAGUUAAACAAUGCAUCAUGGGGGGAGAGAAAUUUUACAGCUUACCUGAAAAAGGAUAUUCCAAAGCGUUUCUUUUAUAACAAUCACAGCAGGAUUGCUCCAGUAGUUGUCAUGGCAGAUAUUGGCAACCAUAUGACAACGUUUGCAUCUCCGAAUAUGCUGACUUUUAAUGACACAGAUGAACAUAAUAAAACUGUUGUUCACAAUUGGAGAGGUCAACAUGGCUAUGACAAUACAGAAAAUGACAUGCAUGCCAUAUUUUAUGCCAUAGGACCUAAUUUUAACGCCAACUCUAAAGUGGACCUCAUCAAUAACACAGACGUGUAUCAAGUAAUGUGUAAGAUACUUGGGAUAGAAGCAGCAGCUAAUAAUGGAUCCUGGGAAGCUAUGAGUACCUUGACCAUGUUUGACCAGCCGAAUACAUCAACGACUACAUCAGCAUCGCCACCUGAGACUACAUCUUCAUCAACAUCUUCAACUUUGUCUCCAACUGCACAGCCACAGAGUGGUGGAGUCAACGCUGGCUUUGUAAUAUUAGGACUGUUGAUUGUGGUGGGGCUGGUUAUUGUAGGAGUGUGUAUUUGGAAAAGGAACAUUUUUGGCAUCUGUGGGCGUAGUAAUUUCCAACUUCUGUGAUAAGUAUUUACAUUGAUUGGUGUCUAUGGGUGCAUUCAGAACUUUCCUAACUUAACCCCAAUAGGACAGUCCUUGCACAUAUACAGUUUUUGCUUACCCCAAAAGCCAAGACCUGCAUCUAUGCAUAUCUUGGAAAUAUUGGUGUUUUGUUCUUUUUUGAUUUGUGUUUUCAGAAAAAAUACCACAAUGAUAUUCAAUAUAUUCAAAAUGUUUUAUGUCUUGCCUCUUGUUUGAGCUAUUUUUGGAAAAUGGAGUGAGAAAACAAAAUUUUAUAGGUGCUUGAGAGAAAAAAUAGAGGCAUUUCACUGCCUCAUACACUUGUAGAUUCUGGAUACAACUAAAACAGAAAUAUGCUGAUUUCUUUAGUACAAAGAUAACAAAUAUAGCAUCAUUAUCAUGAAGAAUUCCCAAGCAGAGAUGCGAAGAAAUUUGAAAUAUUUGUACAUUGUUUUAUGCAGUUUUUCAUUUUCCGAACCAGCUAUCAAAUAUGAAUUCCAUUUUGAUAAGUCAGUAAUUCUGACAGGUUUUCUCAAAUUUAGUAAAAAAGGCAGUUAGUGGACCUCUGUUAGACUUUAUCUGUGUUCAGUCAGUAUGUUUUAACAUAUGUACAUUUGCCUAUAUUUCCCAGCACACUGCACCCUGAGAUUCUGAAUCUACAUCUGCAC